CUUCAGCGGCACGCGACGCCUGACUCUCGCGCUCGCGAGGGAAAGCCGUGCGCCUCCAACCCUCCCCGCGCGGCCUUUUUUUAAAAAUCCCGUCCCCUCCCGAGGCGGAUCCGCGGAGCCACCGCCCCUCAGGCCGCGCGUCUUUCGCCGCCUUGAGUUCGCUCGCUCCACGCGGUCGCCUCUUAGAGCGUGUGAGUGUGUGGGCGGGAAGGUGGGGAAAAGGGCGGGAAAGGAGGGCGGUGGCGGCGGGCCGGAGUCCGAAGGCUUGCGGUCGGGCCUACAAAAGAGCGUGAGGGGGGUGGGGUGGGGUGUGUGGCAUGCACGCACUGAGGGGAGGGGAAAACGGGAUUUCUGAGGGGGGCGACGGGAAGUGGCUUGGGGGUCGCGGUGCUGGUGUGUGGGGCGGGAGGGGAGGUCAUUCAGAAGUGCGGCUUCCCCGGUUCUCUUACUGGUUCAGUGGCAGUUGUUUAGACUCGGGACCGCGCAAUUUCCGCACGUCUGCAAAGCGGCUGUGGGGGCUUCUUCUUUCUCGCUUUCCUACUGAAGGGGCUGCAGGCCCUAAAGUACCUCAAAAGAAAGGGAUAGGCAGCUAGGGUUAAAUCAGUUGCUAUCUUUACACGCAAUAUAUUAUACAAGUCUUUGCUUUCGCGGCCUGAGGAAGACAAGUUCCUGUGGCAGGGCCCUUCCAUCUUUUUUUAAUUAAAUUUGAGCGUCCUUUGGAAGCGUGUGGGUUUUUCUGGAAAAAAUAUUGUAAUUUUAUGUCUCUCUAGAUUUGGCAAGUAGGUGAGCAUAAGCUUCAAGUGAAUCUGAGAUUUAUUUAUUUUUAAAAAAGAGGAGAGUUGUAGGUGAUAAAACAUAUGCCUGUCUCUAGAAAAAUAUAACUUUUUUUUAAUUUAAAAAAAAGCACUUUGUUCCAUUAGUCCAUGAUGUGCAAAAGAGUAAAGAGCAGCCGGAUUGCUUGUUGCCAGAAAUAGGGAUGGAAGCUGAAAGGGCGCAACCAUCCAGCAGUCUAGAUCGCUCUCAGAAAGAUGAGAGCAGCUGCAAGGAAAAGUCAUUUUCUUUGUCGGCUAGUAACUUAAGCAACCCGAUUGUUCUUGGUUCUGAAGUACAGUUAAGGGAGAAGCAGCAGCAGAGCAAGGAAUUUGUCUCUAAAAGAAGGAAGGGGCAAAGUACUAGGGAAAGGAAUGCAAUCGGAGCAGACUGUAAUUAUGAUGUGGGCAUAAAAUUGAAAGGGGAAAUGGCUUUGGUGGAGAGACGUAAUUCAAAGAAGGCUGUCCGGAGUAUGGCGGAUCAGCCGAAUGAUUCUUCUUCUAGAGUUUGUUUGCAAACUAAAUUGGCAUCACGGGUUAGAAAGAAAAGGGAGAGAUCCUUGCUGGGAAUGGAAUCUCAUGACAAAGAUACGACACCGGAGAAAAAUAGUCUGAGUUCCUUGUUAGAACCUGAACGAAAAAUCCAAAGUUGCAUGAAGAAUGCAAGGAGCUUGAGGAAAAAGCACAGCUGUUCCUUACUAAAACCAGCUCUUUGCUUAAUGGGAAAGGAUAGGAGUUCUGUAACAGGGCUAGAAUCUCAGAAAGUAACUAGGGAACUGCAGAAAAGUGAAAGCUGUUCUGAACUGGGACCACACCAGAAAACAUGGAACAUGAGGAAGAAGACUAAAUUGGUUUUGCAAGAGCAAAAAGCUUUUAGGAACCCAGAGAAAAGUCAAAGAACAAAUAGAGGGUGCUUGUCUUUUAAAUUAAAGCCUGAUAUACAGAGCGUAAGCCCGAGAACUUUGGGAGAAAGUGAGGAGAAUUCAUCUGUUGCAGGGAAUCUAGCAAAAUUACAUGUAGGUGCAGAAGUUCCAAAACAAAAUAGCAAAUGCCUAUUGAAGUAUGUGGCAAAUCUAGAAGAGAAUGGAAGGUACAGGAACACUGCAGAAAAAAGAAAGCAUAAAAUGGUAACCCGAGCUUCUUUGAAAUCAGUGGUGUGUGAAGAUGAUAAUAAGAACCUGAGCUGGACACCAGAGAAGUCUGUUUCAGAGGUUCCUGGGUGUAGACAAGUGAUCUUUGAGGAGAAAAUGAUGGAUUGUGGACCCACAGAGGAUCUACUGAUUACCAGAGUACAUGAUAGUAUUAAGAAACAGAGAGAUGGAAAGGAUGAAAUUGUGACUUCAACUGAACUUAAAAAAAAGACCAGAACAUCUAGAGAGCAAGUCCAUGAACUUUCAAGCAUACAGCAUGGAAAAGUUCACAAGGCUGGUCUGAGUACUUCUCAAGAUUGCAAUAUACAAAAUCUGCUAGAGCAGUCUGCAAGCCUUCCAGUAUCUAAAUCGGAUGAGACUGAAAGCAAAGAUCCUGUCAUCCCUUGUUUUGGAGCGGAUACUUCCUUGCUUCCUGUUACAAAUGCCAAUUCGCAGCUUUCUGACAUAACAGUAGCUGAAAAUGUGGAAACAAAUGCACUGGUAGUGCAGCAAAAUGAAGAAUGCAAAUGGUUUUCUAGGCAUAAUACUUUGCCAUAUACAGUAGAAAGGACUACUAUUCCAGUAGUGAGAUUGCUUGACUGUCGUUACAUUAAGGCACUCUUGACACCUACAAAUUUUGAGACCACCCAAAGCUGUAAGGUUCACUCUGGAUCUCUGCAUGUUGCACUUGAUCAAUGUAAGGUUUUGUUCUCUAGCGGGGGUAUGGGCCAGAACGAUUUGAGUUGCAGCCCUAAUAUAGUACAAGCUGGACAAUCAUUUCCAGAAAAAAGCACAUUGGUUGAAAAAGAGAUGUGCCAAAAUAUUAAGAACUCCUCAAGAUGUCAAAAUAGAAAGCGAUCCAGGGAAAGUAAAAUGUGUUUAGAUUUCAAAAAGUUAAACAAAGGGGUUAAAGUGCUUGAGGAUCUGGAAAAAACAGACCAGGAAGCUUUCACAAGUGUGAAUAUACACAGUGAAUGUGGAUUACAAAUGGAGAGUAAAACUGCCGUAAGAAGUUCAAUGAUAUUGGAAAACCCAGUCUACAAUGAAACAACUUUAUUGUCUUCACUUGGUCAUACACCUGAUUUUGUUCUUGAGCAGGCUGUUCAAAAACCUCAAAAUAAACGUGCCAAAUUAUCUUGCGGUACAGAGAUGAGCAAAGCACACUUUAUCACAUGCAGUGCCAUUGGUUUUGAGAAAUCAGAGAUUCUUGAAAAGGAAAAUGAGUUAAGCAUAAUAGAACCACAAAUUUGCUGUAGUAAUAAAUUGGUUGAUAAUUCUAUAAGGGAGACAUUAGUCAGUCAAAAAAUUACCAACCACAGCAAUAAUGUUGCUGGCUGUAUGAAAAGAGAAAAAAGAACCGUCAAAGAAAACACAAUACAUAAAGUUAGAAAGAAAUUGGAGCUACAAAGCUGUCAAAGAGCAGUACCAAUUUCUGGUAAAAAUGUUUGGCCCCAUGAAUCGUGUGCUAGAACAUACUUGUGGUUUGGUAAAAAUCAUGCAUCAGACUCAAAAAGAGAAUUUUUAAGAGUUUCUGAUUCAGUAAUUCUCUCUGGCCAAGCAGAGCUACAUAAGCCAUUGGCUUGUACUGUCAAAGCUUCUGCAUAUAAGGUAAUGGGUCAUAAAACGCAACUUCCCAAUGAAAACCCAACCUCAGAAUCUGUAGUUGAUACAUGCAAGGCUCACUCGGCUACUGCUAACGACAGCAGAAGUUCCUCUAUGGGUAUGGAGGAGAGACCUAAACAUUGCAGAUCUUCUAGCACUAAAAAUGUAAAGAAAUCAAAAAGAGCUUUAAAUUCAUCAGCAAAGGAGACUAAAAAUAAAGGAAGUAUAGCAAAGAGAAAUAGUUCUAUAGAUACUCAUAAUGGUGUUUGUUCCGACAGUGGAAAACAUAGGAAGACCUCAGUUCUCAAACAAGAACCACUAAUCAAAGGGAACCUAUCAAAUUUCAAAAUUCCUUUACUGAAGGAUAAAAAUGAAUCCAGAAAAACAGAAUAUACUAGAUUGUCAAGAAGAGAUGUUUGCAGUCCUUUGGACAUCCUAGAUUCUACUGUGUCAGUGAAGAAUGCCAGAGCUAAAGAGACCUCGUCCAAUGUGCAUUCUAGACAUCAGUUCAAGUCAAAAGAAGUUAAUGGAAUUACUGUCCUAGAAGAAAAUGCAGACCAAUUUGACAAGGUUCUUGAAAGCCUUUAUAAAGAGACAAGUGUUCAUAAUGAAGGUGUGAAGACUUCCCAUGAGAGAGAAUUGGAAUUAGCAGAUUUGAAAGAUAAUCCUGACGCUUUGAGUACUGGUUAUAUGGAGAUUCAAAACCACAACCCUUCUGCGGUGUUGGAAGUGCCAACUAAUGAUGAAAGUAAUUACAGCAAUAACUUUGCACAGGACAAAGCUAACUUCUCUGCAGAGGUUGUUAAGGCUUAUGAAGAUGAUGUUCUUGUGAUUGAUGUAAUUCAGGAUGACCCUGAUCUGUUUGGAGAAACCAAGGAAGAAGACAAAGGGCAUUGUACCCAAACCAACUUGAAUGUCAGCAUUUCCAUAAAGGAAGAAAUGGAAGUAGAACCGGAACCCCCUCAGCUUCCACAGAAGAGACAUUUGGAUUGCUGUCCAAGAGAAGAUCCCAUUCAGUAUGAUGGAAUAUUGGAGUCUUUUACAGAUGUUGGUGUUCCACUGGCAGAAGUUGAUGGAAGUAAAUCAGAAUUCCUAUGUGGAGGCGUAGCUGAAUCCUGUUUUGAGGAUGGGCAGUUGAGCGAAUCAGAUGAUGUUUUAAAGAGUUCUAACACAAAUGAAAAGUACAAAAUUUCAACUGUGAAAGAAGAAGCAGAGAUUCAGGACACUGCAAAAAUUGAGAGGGCUCAAUACAUUGAAUCUAUGAGCCAUGAUCAUCAGCUAGAAUUGACACUUCCUGCUAUGAAAACUGAUCCCCGGCAGCAAGUCACAGCAGUGAAACCGUGGGUGCAUGAUUUCAGGUUCUCGGGGAAAGGUCCUCUUUUGCAGCCAUCAUAUCCCAACAGUUUAAAAAAAAAUGUUAUGACUUACCUAGGAUUGAGUUAUCUACCCCGUGGAGUCUGCAGAAUUCAUUUCAAUACAUUGAAUGGUUGUCAGAGAGCAAAUUGCCGGUAUUCACAUUCACUUGCACCAAAAAAUGAAAAGCUUUUCACUGAAAUACUUAAUACAUAUAUAAGUAUUGGUGAAGAGGUUUUGUUGCAGCGUGCAGCCCAGGUAUUUACAGAUUACUGCAGAAAUGCUGUUCCUGAAAAGCACUUGGAUUCACAAAUACUAAAUAACCUGCUAACAUCUUUGCUCCAGUGCUGUUUGCUGAAAGAAUUAUUUCUUGUAUUCCACACCAGCAUAAUGAUUAAAUUACUGCCAACUGUAGACAUUCUCCUCAAUGUCUUUGAACAAGUGGCGUCCAUGAAACUAAGAGUCUUAGUGCCUGAGUUAAUUGACAUUUCUUGUAAGCUUUGUGAUGGUGGAAUGGUUUUUAAAGACGAGCACAUUGGCUGCAUCACCUCAUUUCUAAACCAACUACAAGUUUCCAGUCAGGAACAAGCUAUUUUUUUGUCCAGAUUUCAGGCAAGACAUUUCCAUAAGGCUAGCCUUUGUGGCUUGGAUUCAGCAAUUGCAGAAUUUCAGCAUUGCAAAGAAAAAGGUGACUGGGCCAAACUGGGAACUUUAUACGUUAAUGUGAGAAGUGGAUGUGAAAAUUUUGGUGACCUUGAAAAGUACUCAUUGUGUAUUGCUAACAUCUUGACCGAUUCAGUGACAGAAGAGAGACCAGGCGUUCCUUUUUGUGAAUUUGCAGUUGCAGUUAAGGCUGAUCCUUGUCACAAUGAGACAGAUACAACUUUAUUGGGAAGGAUUGGUAUCGGUGCUAUGUUUUCAUAUUACAAACUGCAGCAGUGGCCAAAGGCCAAGAAGGUUCUGGAUACGCUUCAUGCCUUAAAGAUACAUUUCACAUUUUUGAAAGGACUUCUUGGUCAGGAGAGGUUGGCUUCACGGUGCCACAUUGUUAACAUUGCUGCGGAAAUAUUUCUCAAGUGCAGGAGCCUAAAUGGAGCAUUAUGGGUAUUGAGAGAGUCGGAAUGGAUAAUAAGUACUCUAACAUGGCCUUGUGAUCGAAUGGAUGUCCUCAAGAGACAUAACCUGCUAUAUAUAAUAGCAUCUGAGUGCAUUGCAAAGAGCCGUUAUGGAGAAGCAUUUGAAGUCUUGCAAAAUCUACCAGGCUUCAGGAAUUCUUGUAAUAGUUUGGAUGUAUCCCAGUACAGGAGUUUAUUUAAUAAACUGCUAGGUGCUUCUUUGGAAAGCCAGAAGCUUCAAAUAUCAUCUACUGUAGUAGAUUUCAUGCUUGCAAAGAACAUUCCCGUUGAAUUUGAUUUACUUAGAGCAUUAAUCACAGCACUUGGAAGAGGCUGUUGGUGGCUUAAAGCCAGAGCACAUUAUAAACAUGCUUUAGCAUUGGGUUGCUACCCACCACUGGAAGGAAAUCUUCACCGUAAACUUCUUCUGAUUCCCUCUUACAUGACUGAGAUUGAGAUGCUGUUAGCAAUUGAAAUUUUCUUGGUUUCUAAUGCUAGUAGUAUUCAGAGUCCUGGUGCUUCCAAUCAAAUACUUCAAAUAGUACUGAAAAGAUGUGAAGGCAAGGAUGAUAACUAUCAAUGUGCAGUGGAGAGGUUGAUUCAAGCUACUAACAUAUCUACUCCAAAGCUUUUCAUAAAGCACUUCACAGUAAAUAGUGGCACGGAGCAAGUGUGUGGUUUGGAAAACAUUUGUGCACUUGAGUGGUUGAAAGAGAAUAUGAAGUGGGCAGGAAAAGUCUGGCUUUUUUAGUCAUUGAUAAGACUUCAGUUAUAGUAAUCACUGUUCAAAAUAAUGAAUCAAUAAAUGGUUUCUGUUGUGUUCAAACUUCCCAUUGUUAAUUUUAUAUAAUGCAGUUUUCUAGCUUGUUUUUUAUGUUUUAACUUCAGUAACCCAAAUAACUGUUGCGUUUAACAGGCUCCUGACUUAGCAGAUACUUGUUUUUUUUACUACAAAUUCAAGAUCUACCAACCAGUUGCUAAAGACAUAGAAUUAAACUGACCACAUUUGGAUUUUAGGAAUUUGUAGCAGAACUGAUCUGCUACAGUCCUUUUACACAAGUAUUCUCUUGGUUAGCUUUCUUCAUUUCAGCCAUCUAAUUUAGGUGGGAAAAGUUGUUUCUGUUUGUUUGCCAAUUUGCAAAUUACACGGAGAUCUUCCGGAAUAAACUAAUCUACCUGCUGCAAGCCCUUGACAAUAAGCUGUGGAAUCCUGCAAAGUACUUGGUCUUUUUCCUAAUACAAGAA